AUAUCAAAAAGAAGUGUCAACGUUCUGUGUGUGAUUGUGACGUCGAAGCAGCCUUCUGCUUUGCCAGAACCCCUUACAACAACUCGAACUGGGAUAUCGACACCGAGACACAUUGCCAAUGAUAUUUGAGAGGCUUCAGCGCAAGGACUGUGGCAGUUACUCACCUGCGCGUGGCAAUUCUCUGGAUGGGCCUCUAUUAUAUAUAUAAAAAUA